UUCAUAGUUUUCCUUCCUGUUUGAACAGUUUCUGUGUUCAGAGAGAGGAAGUUGUGAUUUACGAAAUCCUUCGAACAAUAUGACUAGUCUACUGUGGGACUGGUUCUGGAUUCUAUGUACAUUUAACGCAAUUCAUCCGGUAAAUGAAGGACAAUCUGGUAUUUUAUUUUAUGCUGAGCGCUUAUGGAAAAUUCGAAGUAUUAUGUCAUAGGUCUGCAUGUAUACAAAGAGACACCUCCGAAGAAUUUGGCACGUAUUGAAAAUACCACCGAGUUGUAGUGCUAAACAGAGCAUCUGUUGACGACAGGUAUUUCGUUUUGUUUUUAAAGAUCUGACAUAAAGGCUGAUAUACCUGUUGUCAAUUGAAAUCAUUGCGUAUAUGGUGACAGCGACGUUCUAUUUAUAGUAACGCGUUUACAGACCUUGAGUAUGUACGCGUGCUUGUGGCCUUGAAGCAUGUGACGAUCUUGCACAUCUCGCAUAGGGAUCCCUCGGUGUCUUUCAACCAGGAUCAGUCAGUAUUUCUGACAAUUUUUUAAGGGAUUACUCUACGAUGUGAUACCAGAGGCCUGUAAUUAAUUACAAGUUCCGUGAUGGAGGCGGAAAGCGAGUUCCUUGAGUUCUGCAACUCCUCCGAGUUCUGGAACACCACAACUUUCCUGAAUAACUCCUGGCCCCGUGUUCCAUCCUGUUUCCAAACCACCGUGUUGACAUGGCUUCCGUGUGCCUGGUUAUGGCUGGCACUGGCUCCGUAUGCCUGCUACCUGUAUUACUCGGACAACAGGGAGAGAAGUAUCUCUGCCAACGCUCUCAGUGCCUUCAAAUCUGGGAUCAGCUUCUUACUCGGGUUAAUGGUCCUGGUGGGGCUGAUUCAUGAUCUCACAAAAGACGAUAACAGGACUCUGGCUAACUUACCACCUGCCAUUCUCCUCAGUGUCUUCUUACGGCUGGCUACGUUUCUGCUAGCAGGCUUCCUGAACCAGGUGGAGAGGUUGUGCGGCAUCGUGUCCUCCGGUGUACAGUUUGUGUUCUGGUUAUUGCUCCUGGUGUUCAAUGUAGUGCCAUUUUAUUCCAAAAUUAUGCUGCAGGCAUAUCAUUGGGAUCUCUUUAAGUUUAUCAUGUUUUACAUAUACUAUUCUGCCAUCUUCGUCCAGUUUGUACUUCACUGUAUAGCAGAAAAAGUAGAUGGGCCUACAUCGAAACCUUCCGAACAGAGUGAGCUAAACCCGCUGUACUGUUUUAAACAAAAGCCAUGUCCAGAGAAGGAGAGCUCGGUGUUGAACAGAUUGUACUUCUGGUGGCUCAAUCCACUUGUGACAUCUUCCUUAAAGACUCCAUUAAAACUUGAAGACAUGUGGCUUUUGAACAAGGAAGAUAAGAACAGCACAUUGACAGAGGAAUUCGAGAAACAUUGGAAACGAGAGAUCAUAGACUCUAAAAUCAAACUACAAAGGCUGAAGACGUCCGACAUGAGCAAACAAGAAAUCUACGCACGAGCCUCGAAAGCACACGAGAAAACCCCACUCCUAGGCAGCGGGAAGUCGGGUCCAGUGUUUACUGCCAGUCAGGGAGCAGCUCCACCCCCGACUGUCCCCCCAUCCAUCAUCCCCUCCCUAUCCACCGCCCUGACAAAAACUUUUGGGAUUGUUUAUCUGGUGUCUCUUGGAUUUAAGUUUCUCUCUGAUGUUCUACAGUUUGUCAGUCCAAUUCUGUUGGGUAUCCUGAUAGACUACGCCGACAAUAGAGCUGAGCUCCCACUGUGGAGGGGGUUAAUCCCCGCCAUCCUCCUUUUCCUGGCUUCCUGCCUCCAGUCUGUCUUCUAUCAUCAGAACUACCACGUGGGAAUGUCUGUCGGUAUGAGAAUCAGGUCCACUCUCAUCGCAGCCAUAUUCAGAAAGGCGUUAAGACUGAGUCCCUCGGCACGGAAGGACAGCACAUUGGGGGAGAUAGUGAACUUGAUGUCUGUAGAUUGUCAGAGGAUACAAGACACAUUUACAUACUCCUGGUCCCUGAUGACAUGUCCCCUUCAAAUGUUGCUUGGAAUCUACCUAUUAUGGAAUGUGGUGGGGGCGUCCUGUAUCGCUGGCUUGGUAGUGCUAAUUCUGAUGGUACCACUCAAUUCGUACGUUGUGGUCAAACAGAAAGAUCUCAAUAUGAAAGUACUACGUCUGAAGGGACAGAGAACCAAAUUAAUGACGGACAUCCUUAACGGAAUGAAGGUAUUAAAGAUGUAUGCUUGGGAACCCUCGUUUGAGGAAAAAGUAAAGAAAAUUCGGGACGAGGAGUUGGUACAUCUCAGGAGGGUUGCUUGGUUACAAGGAAGCACCACGUUUUGUUGGAUUCUAGCACCGUAUCUGGUGACGUUGGCGACCUUUGCCACGUACGUCAUGUCUUCUGCAGAUCAUAUCCUUGACGCCAAGAAGGCUUUUGUGGCCCUGGCACUCUUUAACAUACUGAGGCUUCCUAUCAACCUUAUGUCACAGACCAUCUCCCUACUAGUACAGGCUUUUGUGUCCAUCAAAAGGAUACAAAAUUUCCUUGUCAUGACGGAUCUGGAUCCUACAAAUGUACACCACUCAACCCUGUCAGAUUAUGCCAUAGAUGUGGAAAAUGGGUGUUUUACCUGGGACAUCGAUUCACCGACACCAACUCUUAAAGACAUUGUCCUGAAGAUUCCAGAAGGAAUGCUGGUAGCUGUGGUAGGGCAGGUUGGGUGUGGUAAAUCGUCCCUCAUCUCUGCCCUGCUAGGGGAAAUGAACAAACUCGAGGGAAGUGUUAAUUUCAAGGGGACCACGGCUUACGUUCCACAGGAGGCGUGGAUCCAAAAUGCAACACUGAUGAACAAUAUUCUUUUUGGGAAGCAGUACAUACAGAAGAAAUAUCAGAAAGUCGUGGAAGCGUGUGCUCUGGUUCCGGAUUUAGACAUGCUUCCGGGGAGGGACCACACGGAAAUCGGUGAAAAGGGAAUCAACAUCAGCGGUGGUCAGAAGCAGCGCGUCAGCCUAGCGCGUGCUGUCUAUAGUAAUUCCAAUGUAUAUCUGCUGGAUGAUCCUCUGUCUGCCGUGGACUCUCACGUAGGAAAACACAUCUUUGAUCGCGUCGUCGGACCUAAAGGACUUCUGAAAAAUAAGACGCGCAUUCUGGUGACCCACGGCGUCCAUUGGCUACCCAUGGUAGAUAUGGUGGUUGUCAUGGUGAAUGGCAAGAUCACAGAGGCGGGAACUUAUGACGAGUUGAUCACACACGACGGACCGUUUGCGGAGUUCUUGAGGGAGUACUUCAUCAAUGAACCAGAUACUGAACUGGAGAAUGAACACCCAGAAAUUUCCAAAAUAAAGACACAGAUACUGGAGAAAGUCGAAUCGGUGACGUCAGACGCUUUGACCUCUGACACAGAAGGCAGGAGGCUCAGUCUCUCUAUCAGGAGAGAAUCAAAGAAACAAGAAUUAGGACGAACAGCCUACCCUAAACCUGCAGAACAACCGCUUACGAAACGACAGAAGCUUACAUCAGAAGAGACCUCCCAGGAGGGACAGGUGAAGUGGUCCGUAUUCACAGAGUAUGGUAAGGGAGUCGGCAUCGUCACUUGUCUCUUCGUUCUCCUCGUCUUUACGUGCUAUCAUUCCACCAGCGUGUUCUCCAACUACUGGUUGUCCUUCUGGACUGAAGAUCCGCUCCUCUUGGAUCUGGAGAAGAGGAACACGACAGAAUAUAGCGAUAGAAAAAAAUAUUACCUCACCAUCUACGGGGUUCUGGGAGUUAUUCAGGGGGUUCUUAUAUUCCUGUAUGCCAUCAUUUUGUCUUUGGGAAUGGUGAGAGCAGCUGGAAAACUACAUCACAUGAUGCUCAAGAAAAUUCUCCGUGCGCCAAUGGCGUUUUUCGACACAACUCCUCUAGGGCGGAUUACAAAUCGAUUCUCAGCUGACAUUGACAUUAUGGACAACACAUUGCCCUUGACUUUCCGGAUAACUCUGAACUCGCUGUUUCUGGCUCUCAGUACUUUGAUUGUCUGCACUAUCAACACACCCUACUUUGCGACAUUCGUUAUUCCUGUGGCCAUUCUGUAUUAUUUUAUCAUGAAAUUCUAUAUUCCCACGGCUUCCCAGUUAAAGAGGUUGGAAUCGGUAACGCGGUCUCCGGUGUUUAACCACUUCAGCGAGGCUGUGACAGGUGCCAGCGUCAUCAGGGCCUAUAGAGCCCAGGACCGGUUCCGGGAGGAGUCCUCUCGGAGAGUGGAUCAAAACAUGGAGCCCUACUACAUCAACUUCUCCUCCUCCAGAUGGCUCGGUGUAAGGUUGGAAUUCCUUGGAAACUGCCUUGUCCUUGGUGCCACUAUGUUCAGCAUAUUUUCCGAUCUUAAUGGCGCCGUUGUGGGCUUGUCAAUCACCUAUGCACUCCAGGCCACAGGGAUACUGAAUUUGCUGGUGGUGAACUUUAGUGACUUGGCCAACAAUAUCGUGUGUGUGGAAAGAAUCAAAGAAUACUACACAGACGUCAAUAGUGAGGCUGAGUGGACAAACACGAACAAGCCACAACCAAACUGGCCAUUGUCUGGAAAUAUCAAGUUUACCAACUACAGAACUCGAUACCGGGAGGGACUGGACCUAGUCCUGAAAGGGAUCACGGUGACCGUUAACCAUGGGGAAAAGAUUGGGAUCGUCGGUAGGACAGGGGCAGGGAAAUCGUCCAUGACGUUAUCACUUUUCCGCUUGAUUGAGAGCGCGGGGGGCGAGAUCUCUAUUGAUGGUGUCAGGAUUGCAGAUAUUGGACUCCAUGAUCUCAGAUCCAAAAUUACCAUCCUACCUCAGGAUCCUGUAAUUUUUUCUGGAAGUUUACGAUUGAACCUUGACCCUUUCAACGAGUAUACAGACCUCCAGAUUUGGAGAGCUUUGGAAACCGCCCACCUUAAAUCCUUCGUCCAAUCACUGACGGGCCAGUUACAGUAUGAUUGUGGGGAAGGAGGCAUGAAUCUCAGUGUUGGGCAGCGCCAGUUGUGUUGUCUGGCGCGAACUAUCCUGAAGAAAACAAAGAUUCUCAUUCUGGACGAAGCAACGGCUGCCGUGGACUUCCAGACGGACGAUCUGAUUCAGCAGACGAUACAGCGAGAGUUCGUCAACUGUACAAUCCUUUCUAUCGCACAUCGGCUGAACACCGUCAUAGAUUACGAUAGAAUUAUGGUACUGGAUAAUGGCCAAGUGGUGGAAUAUGACAGUCCAGAAAACCUACUAGCGAAAAAAGACAGUAUAUUUUACAGUAUGGCCAAAAAUGCAGGAUUAGCGAUCGAUGUCCAAGCACGAGGUGCCACACCCUUGCUGCCGUCCCCGCUUUCUACAUCAGUGACCAAGCCUGACAGCAGGCCAGGGUCUGCCAGCAGUGAGGACGCUUCCGCUGCGUCAGCAUCUCCCUUCGGUCCUCCACCCCUAACACCCAUCAGUAGAAUAGACAGUGAGGAGACACUGCCACGAUCGUCCAGUUCCGAGUUUGAAACAAACGACCACUCACCAAUAAAUGACGAGACACUUACUCCAAGAUCAGGAUCACUGGCUGAAAACAAAAGAGAAUCGGAGGUUUGAUUCCAGGGGUAGUAACCGUAAUUAUGAAUAGCUACUAAUUACAGAAUACACAGGGUGGACUAGGGUGGGCAUAGUGUUCUAAGGUUAGGCAUUUUUAAAACAAACAAUACCCAUAAAAUCAAAGAGGCACUGAGUGUGCAAUUAUGACAUCGCCAGUGUGGUAAUAAAACCUGUGUAAAGGAUUAUAAUAAUGUAUUUCAAAUUUAAUUUUCAUUUAGAGAUACAUGUAGUUAAACUAAUAAAUUAAAUACCUUUUUUCAAGCAUAUAUUUUUAUGGUAAUAAAAUAUUCUGUGUUUAUGAAGAUUAUGAUUUGCAUUUCAAAUGUGAUUUACAUACAUGUAUUGUUUUGUCCUUAUUAGGAUAGUAAAAUCAGUAAAUCAAAUUAGUAAGAUAUUACCUGUGAAGGCUUAUAACAUUGUGGUAAUAGAAUAUUUGUGUUUAGAUAGAUAAUUAUUGUGUACAUGUAUUUCAAUUGUGAGUUACAUAUAUUGUUCGGUCCUUAUCUAGAUAGUAAAUAUAGAAAAUCAAGUAUAGUUAAGAUAUUUCUUGUGCAGAGGUAUAAAAUUAUGGCAAUAGAUUAUUUGUGUUGAUCAAGAUUAUACUGUGUAUUUCAUUUGUGAUUUGCAUGUAUUGUUUUGUCCUUAAUAUACUAGAUAAUCAGAAUAAUCAAUCAAAUAUUUAAGAUGUUUCCUAUGUAAAUGUAUGUAUUUGCACUAAAAAUGUGAUUGUUGAAUAGUGUUCAUGUAAUAAAAGCUUUAUCGCAAUCAA